AUGGACUCUCCACAAGGAGCGCUGGAUGUCAUACUCGUCGGAUUCGACUUUGGCACUACUUUUUCUGCAAUUGGGAUUGCAUAUUCUGGCAGUCUUGAUACCGCACUUGAAAUCACGGUGCUCAAAGACUGGCCCGGCUCGAACGGCAUAACAUCUGAGAAAGUGCCUUCUGAGAUUGCCUACGAGCUCAUCAAGCAAGGCAUCAAGCGUGACUCCUCUGGUGAACAGAUCGCUGGAUCCGGACCAAGCGCCCAUGAAAUUAAAUGGGGAUUUGAGAUUGGCCCCCACGAUACCCGACUUCGUUACCUCAAACUGCGACUGGAUGAGAGACAAGAAUAUCCGCCAUCGGUCACCAAGGAAACCAUUGAUGGCUUGCUCAAGCAAAGCGGCGUCAGUACUGAACAGGCUGUCUCAGACUACAUGUCCAUGGUCUUCAAGCAGGCCAAGGAGGCAAUGAUCCUCAAGUUUGGAGAGGACAUGGUCUCGAACACGACCAUCAAGAUGGUCCUGACUGUUCCUGCUGUCUGGUCAGAUGCCGCCAAGGAUGCAACUUUGAGAGCAGCAGAGAGAGCAGGCCUGGGCACAAACAUCUGCAUGAUAAGUGAGCCCGAAGCCGCAGCAGCUUACGCGAUCAGCAACAUCAACCAAAAGAACAAAAUUCUUCGCGUUGGUGACAACCUCAUCAUCUGUGAUUGUGGAGGCGGGACGGUUGACCUAGUGACGGAAAAGAUUGUCUCGCUCUCGCCUCUUCGAGUCGAAGAAUCUGCNCCUGGCAUCGGCGCACUUUGCGGUGGAGCUUUUCUCAACAUGCGAUUCGAAGACUUGGUCAGGGAGCGCAUUGGCUCUGACACUUUCGACGAUCUUUGUCGAAGAAAGCCUAGAGCUUGGGCAACUGCUCAUAAAGAGUUUGAGCAGGACAUCAAGAGAAACUUCGAUCCUUCAAACUCUCAAGUUGAGUACGACAAGAAGAAGUUCUAUAUUCCCCUCCCGGGCGUACCUGAUGAUCCUGCUGCUGGAAUAGAAGAUGGGUAUCUUGCACUUUCGACUGGUGAACUUGCAGAAGUCUUCAGGCCUAUUGUCAACUCUGUCAUCGAUCUCGUUGAGAGACAGCGUAUCAUCCUUGAACAACAUGGCGAGACAGCAAGCGCCUGCAUACUUGUCGGCGGAUUUGGGCAGUCAAAAUACCUCUACAAGUGUUUGAAGCAACGUUUCGCCGACGAAGAUCCUCCACCUACCUACACCUACUCUGCAAACAAAUUCACUACACAGCACGAAGGUCCUGGGUUCAUGAUUCUACAGCCAGACAACCCUUGGACUGCAGUUGUUCGAGGUGCUGUAAUGUCCGGCUUGGGAAAAGACCUUGUAGUCAGCCGAAAGGCAAGACGUCACUACGGCGUUGUGGUGGGUCGUACAUGGGAUCCUGAAGUACACUCAUUCAAGAAUAAGUACUGGUGCGACAUUCGCGGAGAAUGGAGAGCACACAAUCAGAUCACUUGGUGCAUCAAUUCGGGCCAAAGCUUGCCUGUCAACGAACCAGUCCUGUUCGAGUUCAAUCACAAAUGGGACUUCGAAGAGGGCUAUCCCACUUCCGUCAAGCCGAAGAUCAUUGUCAGUGACGACUUGAACGCUCCUGAUGAGUUCGAAGAGUCAUUCCAGACCCGAAUUCUCUGCCGUCUUAUGACAAGCCUCCGCAACGUGCCCAGAAAACACUUCCAAGUUCGCACAUCGAACCGCAGAAAGCAUUACAAGCUGUCGUACACCAUUGGAGUCCUCGUCGCCAGCGGCAGUCUCGAAUUUGAUCUCCGAGUCGACAGUAUCGUCUACGGCAAGGUCAGGGCCGACUACGAAUAA